AUGUCGACGCAAGCUUUACAGCUAUAUGUAUCGGAACAGUUAUACAAGUUUUGUUUUGGACAAAGAUGUUGCAUGAAGUUUUUGGGAUUUCUGUUUUCUUUGGAUCGUCAGCAUUUCAUCAAGUCCACCAAUGAUUUGAGUUUAGGAAUGCAGACCUAUGUCUAUGACGGACAGGAGCAUGUGAUUGUGUUUAAGGAUAGUUGUUGUCACGUCUUGAAAGAGCCGACAGGCUUGAAAAUACAAAAGGAAUCUGUGAAGGAUAUGUACGUGUUAAACUGUCGCGACUCUAGUACAGGCCAAGAAGAUAAGAUAAUUUCCGGAUUUAAUAAUCCUCGUAAUACACCUGUGGUACCGCAACAUCGUUUUUCUUUGGGCCCCUUGAAACAAUCGUUAGCGCGUCCCAAUAAUUAUGCCAUGCAGAGCUGUCAAAAUGGUUGCCCUUUCCAACCAUACAAGGAGGCUCUAUUGAAUAGCCUACAAACCAAUCGCGUAGUUAUAGUUAAUGGUGGUCCCAAAUGUGACAAAUCUACCAUACUGCCCAUGUACAUUAUAAAUAGCUGUGCCGAAAAGAAAGUUCAUUGCAAAAUUAUAUGUGUCGAAAGGGAACAUUUGGUGGCCAUCUACAAUAGUGAAAAAGUAGCUGAACGUUUUCAAGAAAAAGUUGGUGAAACCGUAGCUUAUCAAAUACAACUUCAAAGCCGCAUUAGCGAUUCAUCAAAUCUGGUCUAUACAACCUCAUUUUUUCUUUUACGUGUACUAAUGGGGCAAUCGAUAGUGGAUAGUUUUCGUCACAUUUCUCAUGUAGUUGUGGUAGAUGUGCAUCUGCAUGAGGCUUAUGCAGAUCUGCUGUUGCGUGAAUUAAAAGAGGCUCUUUUGUAUCAUCCACACUUAAAGGUCAUACUGCUUUCAAGCUCGCGCAACAAUAUGGAAUUUCUCAAUUACUUUGGCGAGGGUCAAGAAUUAUGUUUGGACAAAACCAACGAUGACGUAGGGAAAAAUAUUGAUGUUUUAUAUCUAGAGGAUAUAUUAGAGUGUUUGCCGGAAACACGUAUUUCUUCUGGUAUAACAAAAGCGUUUUAUGCUCUACCUGUAAAAAACGCCAGAAAUAACAUUAAUAGUAAACAUCUGGACAGAUGUCUGGAGUCUUAUGAGAGAAUGGCAUCUGAUCAGUAUUUUGAGUCAUUUCUCUACAUGGUUAAGGGUGAAUGUUGUAAUAUUAAUUAUCGCCAUUCGGCCACCGGUAGAACUGCCUUAAUCAUAGCUUCUCUCCUUGGCAAAGCGACUCAUAUUAAAACGCUUUUACAACUAAAUGCUGAUCCUUAUAUAAGUGAUAAUCAAAACACAAAUGCUUUAAAGGCGGCCAUAUCUAUGGGUUAUAAAGAAUGUGUCGAUAUCUUGCAAAUGUCACAUUAUGAACAGAGAUUAUCAUCAGUAGAGGGAUUAAAAAAGGACUAUAUUGAUUAUUAUCUUAUUUUAGAUAUUCUACAAAUGAUAAAUUCUAAUAAACGUUGGAAAAAUGGCAACAUAAUUGUAUUUUUACCCUCAUACCAACAUUUAGUAAAACUUAAUUAUGCAAUACUUAAGCAAAAGCUCUUGGGUAAUAUUCCCGAAAAAAUUAUGGUAUUUUUAUUACACAAUUCGAUUGAUAAAACUGAUUUAGAUGCCAUAAUACAAAAAUGGCCCAAUAUGGUAAAAUUAAUCUUAGCCACUGAUAUAGCUGAAAGUCUAAUGUGUUUCGAUGAUAUACAAUAUGUCAUCGAUGCCGCUCGCCAUUAUCGUUGUAUUUAUAAUUAUCGUAGCAUGUGUAAAGAGUACCUUUAUGAAUGGUCACCAAAGGAUAGCAUGGAAAAUCGUUUGUUGCUUUUGUGCCAAGAAACAGGCAAGUGUUAGGUUUAAUUAAGUUAAAUUUUUAAUAACUAUGAAAACGUUUUUCCAGGCGGAGUUUGUUUUCGUUUAAUACCCAAAAGCGUCUAUGGAAAUCUACCGGAUUUUCCUACACCCGAAAUAUUGAAUAUAAAUUUAGAUCGUGUGUGUCUCUCAGUCAAGCUCUUGUCUCCAAAUACCAUGGUGGCAGAAUAUUUACAAGAAACAAUUGUUAAGCCGCCUUUCAUACAAAUUUAUCGGACUGUAGAAAAUUUAAAGAAAAUAAACGUCUUCACAGACCUAGAGGAUAUAACCUGGCUAGGCUGUCGUCUUAUAGAUGUGCCGGUGGAAUGUUAUUUGGGCAAAAUAUUGGUGUUUGCAAUUUUGUUGCAAUGCUUGGAUCCGGUACUAACAAUUGUGGGCUUUAUGUCGACUUUAGAUCCCUUAGAGUUAUCACACUAUAUGAAUCAUUUAAAUGAACCCUUUAGGGAUUUAUUGCGUCAUAAUAUUAAAGAAGAAAAACAACGUUUAUCCGAGGGAAUUCCAUCCGAUCAUUUAAUGUAUUUGCGUCUGUAUCAAGAAUGGCAAAAUAAUUUUAGAAAUGAGGAAAUGUGUUUGGAUUUGAAUGAAUAUCAUUUCAUUUUGAAUGGCCUGUUGGAACAGGUGUGCAAUAUGCGUACUCAAUUGGUUGGCUCUUUGAGAUCAUCACAAUUAAUACAUAGCAAAGGAGAUCUUAGUAUGCAUUAUAUAAAUCUCAAAUCGAAUUGUUGGUCUGUCAUCAAAGCCGCCCUAGUUGGUGGAAUGUAUCCUAAUAUAUGUGUAUUGGAUUCUAAAGUCAAUCGUAUUAAAUCGCCCUGCAAAAGGGAAAUGGUUUUACAUCCAAAUUCUGUUUUGCGACCAUUGGAUUUAGAUUCGAUGAGUUCGUUGAAUUUUGGCUCGCCCUGGAUAGUGUACGGAAAAGAAACAAAUAGUUCCAGUUGUAAUGGUAUCGAAUGUAAUACUGUUGUGACGCCCAUUACAGUUGCUUUGUUUGCAGGACCCACUAAAAUGACAACAUCCUCCAGCAUUCAGCUUAUAAGAAACCAACAACAAGAACUGCAAAAUCAGCGCUGCCACUUCCGCAUAGAUGAUUGGAUAUCCUUCGUUGCAGACCACAAGGAGGCUCAAUUGAUUUUAAAAACCCGACAAAGUUUCUACAGUAUGUACGAAAAUUAUUUACAAUAUUGUGGUUGUUUAGAGAGUCACAAACGACCUCAUCAUAUUCUUACCUUGACACAAAACUCGAAAUUAUUCGAUUGCAUUGAAAAGAUCUUAACACAAGAGGAUAUUGCCAAUGGUUUUAAGCAACCAGAAAAAAUUGGCUUAAGACCCAAAGCAUUACCAAAUCAAUUUAUAAUGAAUCAUAGUGCCUAUACUUUAUUAACGAAAUCAUGUUAUAAAAUCACAAAUCAUCGUAAUAGUUUUGCAGCAAUAAGCAAACAAUUUUUUAUGAUCUAUAAUAACAAUGAAAUGAAUGACAAUAAUAAUAGUUAUUAUAAUAGUGAAUGGUAUCAUUUGCUGGCUGCCAUGUUAUCGCCAACAGCUCUAGAAAACAAAUUAACUUUUGUCAUCUCAUAUUCAUUGAAUCCGGAUUAUCUACAUGGCGUUGCUCUUGCGGAAUGGGAUAAAGGACUGUUAAAGUUGCAUUUCUGCUUUAAAUGUGACAUUGGUCUUAUCGAUAUUCUAAACCAAAUCAGCAAUAGCAGUUCCAUAUUUUUAGCUGUCUCUAGUCGCCGAGUCGCUAUACAACUUGAUAACAAAACAGGCGAGUUCCUGUUGAAUAUUUUUGCAGUACGUAACAAUUGGUUACACACAUAAUUAAUUAUAUUAAUAGGUAUUACAUAAAUAAACUUUAAGGAUAAACUUUUAUUAGAUUAAGCUAAAAAAACAA